AUGGCCGGCAGCUCCGAAGACCGCACCGUUGUUGUAUCGGCUCCCGGAAAGGUGCUCCUUGCCGGCGGCUACAUCGUUCUCGACCGGAAACAUACCGGCCUCGUCUUUGGCUUGAGUGCCCGCAUCCAUGUCCUCGCGCAGGAAAUCCACACCAGCGCCGGAGUACAUCUCAGCGAGAUCGUUGUGCAAAGCCCGCAAUUCCUGAACGCCACCUGGAGAUACGGUUACCACCUGGUCAAAAACGGCGGCGGCAUCAAGGUCACUCAACUGCAGUCAGGCACUCCAGUUGAGCCGAACCACUUCGUUGAGACGACGCUCAACUAUGUGCUGACCUACAUUUCCCGAGUGGACAAGAGCCGUGCAUCGCACGGCUUCCAGCCCGCCUCCCUUCUCGUUCUCGCCGAUAACGACUACUACUCCAAGCCCAAACCGCCCGGCUCCACCGAUCGCCCAUCUUCCAGCUCCUCCGCCGGCGAGCAUCUUCCCUCCCGCUCAUCCGAGGAAAAAGCCGGCCUCUCUGACCCGUCCACGUCCACCACAACGACCACCGCCACCACCACCGCCACCGCCAAACCCCCCCGUACCCGGCCCCGCCCCCGCUUCCGCCACUUCGGCACCACCCUCCGCGACGCCCACAAGACGGGUCUGGGCUCCUCCGCCGCCAUCGUCACCGCCCUGACCGCCUCCCUGCUGGCGCACUAUCUGCCCCGCACCCUCUUCGACCUGUCCACCGCGCAGGGCAAGCGCGUGCUGCACAACCUCGCCCAGGUCGCCCACUGCUCGGCGCAGGGCAAGAUCGGCAGCGGCUUCGACGUCGCCAGCGCCGUCUACGGCUCGUGCCUCUACCGCCGCUUCAGUCCGGCCCUGCUGUCCGGGCUGCCGAACCCCGGGGAGGAAGGUUUCGCGGCCGCCCUGGCCGCGCUGGUGGACGACGAGGGCGCGGAGCCCGGGUGGGACUGCGAGGUCCGCAAGGAGGACGUCGGGCUGCCGGCCGGCGUGGCCAUCCGCAUGUGCGACGUGGACUGCGGGACGCAGACCGUCGGCAUGGUCAAGAAGGUGCACGAGUGGCGGGAUCGGGAGCCCGAGGCUGCGAGGGCCGUGUACGAGCGCCUGCAGGGCCGGGUGGACGAGCUGGCUACGGUGCUGAGUGCGGGGAGGGUGGGUGAGGUGGGCCGCGUGAUGAGGUCCUUCAGGGAGACCAUGAGGUCGAUGGGGAAGGAUUGCGGCGCCCCGAUUGAGCCCGAGAGCCAGGAGGAGUUGCUGGAUGCGCUCGAGAAAGUGGACGGCGUGUUGGGCACUGUGGUUCCCGGCGCGGGCGGGUACGAUGCUGCGGCCGUGGUGAUGAAGGACGAUGCGGAGACGGAGAAGAGAGUACAGGGGUUCUUGAGGAAGUGGAGUACAGAGCAUGAGAUUCAGGUGCGCCUGAUGAAGGUCCGGGGCGAGACCGAAGGUGCAAGGAUGGAGGAUGUGGGCGAGUUCAAGUCGUGGGUCAGUUAG